GCCGCCUGGCACCGCCGCCGCGCCCGCCCCGAGCGCUCCCCGCACCGCCGCUCCGCCAGCCGGCCCGCCGCCGCUGCUCGGCCCCGGCCGGGCGGGGACUUGGCAGGAACUCCCGGGGAGAGAGCGAGAGUGCCUGCCCCCGCUGCCGCCGCUCCGCUGUGGCUUUUGGGUGGAGGAGGAGGAAGGUCUGGGCUCGGCCGAGGAGCAGCAGCCGCCGCCGCCGGAGAGGAAGAGACAGGAGGGAGAGAGAGACGGAAAGGCGGCUGGAGCGCCCCAAAGUGACCCCCCAUCCCUGCACUGCAGGCUACAUUUCCAGCUUCAUGGGCAAAGUGUGGAAACAGCAGAUGUACCCCCAGUACACCACCUACUACUACCCCCAGUAUCUGCAGGCGAAGCAGUCCAUUGUACCAGCCCACCCAAUGGCUCCUCCUAGUCCCAGCACCACCAGCAGUAAUAACAACAGUAGUAGCAGCAGCAACUCAGGAUGGGAUCAAUUAAGUAAAACAAACCUUUACAUCAGAGCACUGCCUCCAAACACCACUGAUCAGGACCUGGUAAAAUUAUGCCAACCGUAUGGGAAAAUUGUAUCCACGAAGGCUAUUUUGGAUAAGACAACAAACAAAUGCAAAGGUUACGGUUUUGUUGACUUUGACAGCCCGGCAGCUGCUCAGAAGGCAGUUUCUGCUUUAAAAGCUAGUGGAGUCCAAGCACAGAUGGCAAAGCAACAAGAACAAGAUCCAACUAACUUAUACAUUUCCAAUUUGCCGCUUUCAAUGGAUGAGCAGGAGCUUGAGAACAUGCUGAAACCAUUUGGGCAGGUUAUCUCUACGAGGAUACUGCGAGACUCGAGUGGGACAAGCCGUGGUGUUGGCUUUGCAAGGAUGGAGUCAACAGAAAAAUGUGAAGCAGUGAUUGCUCAUUUUAAUGGAAAAUUCAUAAAGACACCAGCAGGAGUUUCUGUUCCUGCAGAACCUCUGUUGUGCAAGUUUGCCGAUGGAGGACAGAAAAAGAGACAGAAUCAGAAUAAAUAUAUACAGAAUGGAAGAGCGUGGCACAGAGAAGGCGAGGUGAGACUUGCUGGAAUGACACUCACGUAUGAUCCAACCACAGCUGCUUUACAAAAUGGAUUUUAUCCGUCACCCUACAGUAUUACAGCAAACAGAAUGAUCACCCAGACUUCUAUGCCAUAUAUUCCUUCUCCGGUUUCUACAUACCAGGUUCAGAGUCCUUCUUGGAUGCAGCCUCAACCAUAUAUAAUGCAGCACGCAGGUGCUGUACUGACUCCCUCCAUGGACCACACCAUGUCACUACAGCCUGCAUCUAUGAUAAGCCCUCUGACACAGCAGAUGAGUCAUCUUUCAUUAGGCAGUACUGGAACAUACAUGCCAGCCACAACAGCUAUGCAAGGAGCCUACAUACCCCAAUAUACACAUGUCCAGACAGCAGCGGUUCCUGUUGAGGAAGCCAGUGGUCAACAACAGGUUACAGUAGAGACGUCCAGUGACCAUUCUCCAUAUACGUAUCAGCAAAAUAAGUAACUGUGAGAUGUCCAGUGUUGACCUGGCCUGGAGAAGGGUGCAAAGGCUGAAACAAUCAUGGAUUUUACUGAUCAAUUGUGCUUUAGGAAUUAUUGAUAGUUUUGCACAGGUUCUUGAAAAUGUUAUUUAUAAUGAAAUCAACUAAAACUAUUUUUGCUAUAAGUUCUAUAAGGUGCAUAAGAAAAACCUUAAAUUCAUCUAGUAGCUGUUCCCAUGAACAGGUUUAUUUUAGUAAAAAAAAAAAUUUUUAUCAAGUGUUAUGACGCAAAAAAAAAAAAUUCAAAUUUCUGGGUAUGCACAGAUGACCACGAAGACUUAUUCACGUGCAUGACAGAAUUUGUGUUUUGGUUUAUUUUUAUUUUGUUUCUUUUUUUUUUUUUUAAUUGUAUGAAAUGGAUUUUCUGAAGUUUAAAAUAGUAAAACAUCUAA